AUGGGUAGUAAGAAGAAGGCGAGCGAGCUUCAGACUCUGAGCAUCAUUGUUAGGAAGUAUAUUCUUGGGAUUCCGCAGAUCCGGGUCGUCGUGCUCCCAGUUCUUCUGAGCAUCUUUGCAGGAAAGUAUUUUGAAGUCAAGGUGGCGAGUUGCAUAAGCCAUAUCUCUGAUGGCCUUGACUCAGCAGAGAUGCCCCGUGGCAGGAUAGCCAUGUUCCUCGCGGUCUCUCUCAUGGGGAUAAUGUUUACGGAACUCCAAGGAUAUGUGUUUGUCGGUGCGAUCCAGUAUGUUUAUAGAUACACCCUGAGGACCACAUUUGAGUACUUUAUUCGGAUGGAGACAGAACCAUUUGAGUCUUACGGCCUAGGAACAAUCCAGAGCAUCAUAACCAGAAAGAGCAAGGCAAUCAGUGACUUUGUGGAAGUUUCUGUUCAGAAUCUAUUUCCGGUGGUAGCCUCGAUUGGAUUUGUAGGGCUCGAGGUGUAUCUGAAGCUCGGGGCAUUGGCCUCUGCCAUUGUUGUCUUUGCAGUGAGUGUUUAUGGAUUCACGACGAUAUCCAUAGCUCUCAGAAGAAACAGGAUUAGGGCAGCGCUGAACAAUGCAGAGAAUACGGCAUCAAACAUUGUGUACGACGCGCUGAGCAACCACGAGUCUGUUGUUUCGUUCAACAACUACGAUAUUGAGGUGAAAAGAUAUGACGGAAAGCUGGUGGAGAUUGAAAGGUUUGGGACAAGCCUGUUCAGGGGGCUGUACAUCCUGAAUAUGGUUCAAAAGCUCAUCUUUGCGCUCAUGAGCUCAUCAGUGAUUGCGCUUGGGGUGUAUGGGAUGCUUUCCAGUAAGAUGGAUGGGAAGACAUUGAUCUUCUAUGCAACGACAAGCAGGAUUCUUCUUAUGAAUCUGAACAACCUUGGAUACACAUACUGUAGGUUUACGGAGGCCAUGCUGAAUGCCAGGGAGGUUCUGUCUGAGGACUAUGAUGUAAGGACGAGUGAAAGCCAGUCUAUAGUAAGGUUUAGGAGGAACAUCACGUUCGACAAUAUCCACCUGUAUUAUGGAGACAAAAAGAUACUCAACGGGGUGAAUCUCAAGGUCGAGAGGGGAGACAAGAUGGCGAUUGUAGGGUCCAACGGAUCUGGGAAGUCGACCAUUCUGAAAACCUUCCUGAAGUUCUGCAGCUACCAAGGAACCAUAUCUAUUGACGGGAUAAACAUCAAGGCAAUAGGAAAUGGGUCUUUCAGAAAGAUCAUAGGAUAUGUGCCUCAGAACUCUUCUUUGUUUAACGAGACUGUAAUGUACAACAUCAAGUACGGGUGCCCCGAUGUGUCUGAUUAUGCUGUUGUUGAGCUUGCAAAAAGAUUCAAUAUCCACGACAGCAUAAUGAGGCUUGAGAGAGGAUAUUUUACGAAUGUUGGGGAGUCUGGAAGGCAUAUAAGCGGGGGAGAGAGGCAGAAGAUUAUCAUACUAAGAGCCUUGCUGAGAAGGCCAGAGAUUCUCAUAAUGGAUGAGCCUACCUCUAAUCUUGACAAGGAGGCAGAGAUAGACAUCAUAAAGAACAUCAUAGAUUUCGAGGGGUCGCUGACUGUCAUGGCGAUAGUGCACAAUCUCGAUCUUCUUCCACUAUUUGAUAAGGUUUGCUUUGUUGACAAGGGCGUAAUCAGGAUGAUAAGCCAAAUAAGCGAGGGUUCAGAGUCCAUAGUGGAAGGACUAAGAAACCAUGGUGUGCUAGGGAGCAAAUAA